UUUCUCAGUUUAGUCUUCCCUCCCUAAUGGUACCUUCCUUCCCCCUCCAUCUCUGUGCUUUAUGGUUCCUUCCCUUUGUAUCUCCCCUCUCCAGUUUUUCCAGUGGUCCUUUCCCAGUGGCUCUCUCCCUCUUCUUCCUCAUCAGUGGUUCUUUCCCUUUUUUUCCCCCAUCUUAUACUAUGGUCUCUCCCUUCAUUCUUUCUCUGUCUUUUCUCUAAUCAGUGAUCUGUUCCUUUACAUUGUCUCCUCCCUUUCCCAACAUUGUUUAUCUUUUUCAUUUUCUCUCAUCCUUUUCUCUUUUUGUUUUUUUUCCUUACUAGCACAUCCUCUAAGUUCCCUUUAUUUUCCUGCCACCCACGUAACUUUUCUAAUGAUUAUUUCUCUCUUUUUCUCUUCUUACUAUGUAGUGCUUUUUUUCGUUUUAUCGCUUUUCUAUGCCAAAAAGGCCCUUCUCAUUUUCUCACUCCUUCUUUGCCUUUCUUUAAUAGUAUCUCCAUUCUCGUUUUAUUCCCCAUAUUUCCUCCUUUUGUCUCCCCUUCUUCCUUUCCCAGUGAUCUCUCCCUUCUGGUCCUUCCCUGAAACUACUCUCUUUCUCUGGCUCUGUGUGUUUGUGUGUGUCUGUGUUUUUCCAUGUAUCUCUUUUUGUCUCUCACUCUGUCUCUCUUUCUCCUUAAUCUCCAGCUGCCCUCCCCUUUCCCAAGAUGUCUUUUCUACUGGAUCCUUCUUCUCCUUUCCCCUAGGCUCUACACAACUUCUUGAGUUUGACUCAAAAAUUCUCUAUCACCAAUAUUCUAUUUCCUUUCUGCCUAAUGGUACUGAUCCCUGGUGGGAGAUUUUUCUCCCUCCUAUAUUUAGCAUAUUCUUCCCUUUGUCUCCUCCACCCCAUCCCAUCUUAGUCACUUCUUCCUUCUUCUCACAUCCAAAAUGGCUCCCUCUCUUUUUGCUUUCCUUUCUUUUUCACCCAAAGAUCAUUUUCUCUUCUUCACUUCACCUUCGUCUUCACUACCUCAAUUGUGCUAGUGACACUCUUCUGCCAUGUAUGAUGGUGGCCUUUUUUCCUUCUCUCUCCCCAGAAACCUAGUCAAAAUCCUCUUUCUCCUUUCUCCUCUCUCCCCAGUAGUCUCUUUCUCUUUCUACUGAACCAUGGUCUUUCCCCCACUAUCUCCUUGCAUCACUCAUGAAAUCAUAGAUUUAUAAUUGGCAGAGACAGAACAUAUAUCAAAAAAUAUUUUUGACCUUUCAUUACUCAUAAAAUGAUGAAUUUAGAGAUGAAAAGGACCAGAGACCCAUGAAAUACAAUUACUUUCUUCAGGAAGCAAAUUGAGGCCCAGAAACUCUAAAUUCCUGUCUAUCAGUGUCCGUCUCUCUGUAUCCAUCUGCCUAAACUUCUAACAAGAUCUCUCUACAUCAUCUCCUCUCACUUUCCCUUCACAAUCUUCUUUGCUAAUGACCUCGGGAAUGUCUUUCACCCCUCCCACAAUGCACUUCCUUCAUUCUCCCUCUCCCUUCAAGUUGCAGAUUCUUUGUAUAUUAUUUAGCUUUCUGUCUCCUCUUCUGUAUUUGUCUCUAUCUUUCUCUGUUUCUGUUUCCCUUUCCCCCUUUUUCUCUCACUUCUCUUUUCCUUUCUACCCUUUGGUCUCUCUCUCCCUGCAAUCCAUUGCCAUCCCUUCCCUUUCCCUUUCUUUCUCUCCUCUUUCCACACUACUCUACUCCCUCCAUUUCUCUGACUUCCCUACAAACUUCUUGUCUCUAUUUCACGCUUCCUCCCUCUAACUCAAUGCUACGUUACAUGUGGCUUCUUUCUCCUUCAAUCACAGAUUGAGUUUUGGACAUGUCCUCACAGGCUUCUACGUAUAAGCUCAUCAAUAGAGAGAGAAGGAAGCUGAGACUGGGAGAGUGACAGAGAUCUGCAUAGAGUUAUAGAGGCAGAGUGGAGAGUAGGAUCUGCACUCAAAUCCGCGAGGCUCCAGGGAUGUGGCCUGUGCAUUGGAAAGAGUGCUGGGCCUGGAGUCUGUCGGACCCGAGUUCAAAUUAAAUUUUAGAUAUUUCUUAGCUGAAAGAACCAGGGCUAGUCACAGUCUCAAUGCACUUUUUGCCUUAACUAUAAAAUGGGGAUCUUGUAAGCAGCUGCAUGGAACUGUCCUAGGUAUCAAAUGAGACAAUAUUUGUAAAGCAUAUUUUCUUCCUUUUAGAUCUCUCCCUCUACUUCCCUCUCUUGUCUUUCAAACUGACAGUCAGCAAUUUUGCAGUACCACUUUUCAUCUCUGCUUAUCUCCACUGUAAAUGGCCCUCUCCUUUUCUCUCUUUCCAACACUUUCUCUCCCCCUCUGGCCAUUCCCUGUGUCUCUCCCCCUACUUAAAGGUAUUUUGAUGCUCAAUUUCUCCUCACAUCUCAGUCCCCCAAGAAAAUUUCUUUUUCUUUUCCAUCAUUCUUAGGAUUUUAACCAUGAAAGGGAUCUUAAAGGUCAUCAGAGCAGCCCUCGAAUAUAUUACAGAGGAGGAAGCUGAGCCUGACAAACCU